AUAAAUUCACGGCGAAACUCGGAGGACGACCCACGCCGUGGAAGAGAGAGAGCUCUUUGCUCUCGGGCAGCGACGGUCGCCGAUCGAGCUCCUCUGAUCGCCCUCAAGGAUUUUCUACCAAGGCUGAUUGCGCCUACGAUGGUGCCGGAGGAGGCCAGAUCAAAUAAUAAGCGACAAAAGGAUGAACGCACCAUAUACUGCCUGCCAAGCGAUAUCAUCGAGAGAGUAUUUCUUACGCUUCCCUUCAGCACGCUGCUGAGGUGCGCUCGUGUCUGCAAGCAGUGGCGAAACUUCAUCCACGAUCCCGAGUUUGUCGCAUCACAGCUCCAGCAUGCGCCUCAAUACGCCCUCCUAUUCUUCCAGCAGGAGACGGUUUCGCGUCAGCGCUGCCCUAGUGAUGCUAUCCUGGUCGAUGAAGCAUUGUCGCAGUCGACAUGUGCGGUGCCAGUUAUUGGGCCUGAUGAAUUCCUCUUUGGUUCGUGCAAUGGGCUCCUUGCCUUAUACACAAAGACAUCAACAAUCAAGAUAGCUAACUUUUCAACUGGUCAGUGCUUGCAUCUUGAGAAACCUGUGAAGAAUUUGAGAGGUGACCACUUCUCUUUGUACACCUUUGGAUUCCACCCAGCGACAAAGCAAUAUAAGAUUACACAUUUUCUCCGUGAUUGCACUCAGACGGGUCGACCGCAUAAUAAUGACAACGUCAGCGUCAUCCAAGUUUACACGCUUGGUGAUGAGAAAUGGAAAGAUAUCCCAACCCCGAUAGCUCUAAACUUGAACAGUGUGAGAAAUUCCGGAGUAGUCAAUAAUGAUGGGACGCUGUAUUGGUUGACUGAAGAUAUGAUAGCUAAUUGCCGGCAUGCUAUUAUGUCCUUUGAUGUGAGCGAAGAAAUUUUUGCACGGAUUCAAUUGCCAGCAGUUCUUCAAGAUUGUGCACCUGGUUAUCCUCGUCGGUACUGGAUCAGGGAGAUAGAUGGUAAGAUGUGCAUAGCAACUGCUCAAACCCAUCGUUAUGUGCCUAGAUGGCUUGUUAGUAAAAUUCACGUCUGGACACUUGACCACAACAAAAGUGAGCACAUCGACGCGCAGAUUUCGCUGCUGAUCUCGGGCGAAGUCGAUAUCAGGACCGCUACCGACCACCAGUGA